AUAUAGUCAAGUUCACAGAGAGAGAAAAUAGUGUGUGAGAGAGAGAGAGAAACAAACGCUCGCUCACUCACUCUCACUUUUAAUUUCUUCUUUGGCUUGUUCAUCGCCAUCAUUACCAACAAAGCCAAGACAACACCACCUCACACCUCACCCUCUUCAAAUUCUGUAUCUUUUUCUCAAUUUUCAACUACCCAAGAACAGAACAGAACAGAGAAGAGCAGAGCAGAGCUACUAAUUCUCUGGAAGGAAAAAAGCUACUACAUAUUUCACUGUCAGAUCUUUUUUCAUGCUAAUAUAACUCUGUGAAAUCUGGGAUUUCUUCUUCUUUGUUGGUUAGCUCAAAGAGCAACAGCAUCGACCUUGAUCUGAUGCAAAUUUCACUCCUAGUUUGAGCUUUCACCUUGAUUUUCUGAUCUGGGUUCUGUCAUUUCUCUUUGGAGAUUUGAAGACUCCUUAGCUUGGCUGAUCUUUACUAUUUCCUUUAUUGGAAGAAUUUUGAUUCCAACCAAUGGAAUUGGAAGAUCAACAAUUCAAGCAUCUAUGCAAGUUCUGCGGCAAGAGUUUUCCCUGUGGUAGAUCCUUGGGAGGUCACAUGAGGUCUCACUUGACCAAUAAUUCGGUAGAAACAGAGGAAAGACUCAUCAUCGGCAAAGUUAAACUCCCAUCUGCCAACAAUGUUAAUUCUGAUUUUGAAACCGGACCUCAUCACCAGCCAGGUUAUGGCCUCAGAGAGAACCCCAAGAAGACUUGGAGGCUUGCAGAUUCAAGUGAGGACACUUCACUUCUCCCUGUCAAGUUUUGCAGAGAAUGUGGUAAAGGGUUUCAGUCUUGGAACGCUCUGUUUGGUCACAUGAAGUGCCACUCAGAGAAAGAAAGAGUUGUUAAUUCCAUCAAUAGCUUUGAUGAGGAAGAAGAAGAAGAUUCUUGGACUUGUGCCAACCAGAAGCUAGUCAUGGACAGCCAAUCUGACAACGAAACUACUACUCCCAAUAGGAGAAGAAGAUCGAGACGAAGAAGAACAAGGUACAUGGGCACAACAACCUCCUCUUCCAAUUUCUCUAUUGCUAAUGCUGCCACUUCCUCUGUUUCUGAGAUUGAGCAAGAACAAGAAGAGGUUGCUCUGUGUUUAAUGAUGCUUAAAAGGGAUGCGGGUCACUGGGGUGGCUUGAAAUUUGUAGCACAUGACUCCUCUGAUAACAGUUCUGUGUUCUCUGAAGCUCCUUCAUCAGGUCGAACAAAUCGGGUUAAUGCUGAUAUUAAGGGUAAGGUUUCUGUCUGCAGUGGUAUUGAGAUUUUGAAACUGAAGAAGAAACUUAAUAAAAAGACAUUGGAGCUUGGAAAUUUGGAUUCUGAUUUUUCAAAACAUGGGUCUAGGAUGAAAAAAGAAGAACUUUCUGCUGUUGGGUUUUCCGAAAAUGAUAAAUUGGUCAAGAAAAUGGAGUUAGCUCAACCUCAAUUGGGUUCAAACAACAAGUGCAAUUCAAGCAAGAGAAAAUUCCAGGAGGGUUAUGAUUUUGAGUCAAGGUCAGAGCAAUCUCUGAAAACAUUGAGCACAACUAGAGGUGAUGUUUUAGAUUCUGAAGCAGUCUGCAAGAGUUCACAACAGAGAAGCAAAUUUGAGUGCACUACUUGCAACAAGGUUUUUAGGUCAUAUCAAGCUCUAGGAGGCCAUAGAGCAAGUCAUAAAAAGAUCAAAGGAUGCUUUGCCUCAAAAGUUGAAAGCAGUGAAAACACCAUUGAAACAGACCACUCUCCUGAGCCAACAUCAGACAGUAAGCUCAGCAAGUCUUGCAACAAUGAAAACCCCAUUGAGCAUGAUGUUAAAGCUGAGAUUAGUACAAAGAGUAAAGGUCAUGCUUGUACAAUUUGCCUAAAAGUUUUCUCCUCAGGCCAAGCCUUGGGUGGUCACAAGAGAUCCCAUUUGAUUGGUGGUUCAGCUGAGAAUAAAAACAGCCAAACCAUUGUAAUUCAGAAACCUGCAGCACCUGAAGUCAGGGACUUUCUUGAUCUCAAUCUCCCUGCUCCUGUUGAAGAAGAGAGCAGUAGCAGCCAUGCUGCAGCCUUUAAGCCAUGGUGGGUUGGAAGCAGCCAUAAGCAUGAGGCCCUUGUUGGCCUCAUCUCCAACUGAGUUUCCUCUUUAAGUCCUGCCCAUGAUGGUUUCCAAUCCAAUAAAGAUUCAAGAGUGUACAGAUACAUAUUUCUGGACAUUAAUUCAUUAAUUCUUUACAGAUUUUAGAGUUUGCUGAGGCAUUGCUGCUCAUUGCCAGUUUCCAACAAAUUCUCAAUUACCAUUUCCAUCUUUUGUUACAGUAUACCAUAUAAAUCUCAUUUCCUUUAAAACUCA